UCACAAAAAAGAAAAGAAAAAAACAACCAACAAAAAACUGUUUGUUGUUUCUUGAGAGAGAAAAAAGGAGGGGAAGAAACCCAAGAUAAAGAGCAAAAACAGGAUUGAAAGACGGGCAUAUUUCAAUAAGGCGUGCUUAUUUGAUCAUUCUCAUACUUGAAAAUAGAAAGAGGAGAGAGAAAAUUAAAGUGAGAAUAAUUACUCUAGAGAAAGCAAAAUCAUACCCCAUUUUUUCUUUAUAAUUUCAUAAAGUGUUCUUUGUACAGAUACCCACACUGGUAAAGUUAAGAACAUGUUCUUCUUCUUGUUCCUUUAAAACUCACCUUAUUCUUUCUAUUGUUUUUUUCCUUUUGUUUUUACUUUCUGGGUUUUCCUUGAUUCUAAAUAUUCAAGGCUUCUUCCAUUUUUAUCUUCAAGGUGAGUUCUUUAAACUAAAAAGGAUAGAAAUUUACAAGACUAAUUUUUGUUCUUGUUUGUUUUGAGUUAAAUAGUUGGUGUGAAUUUUUUUAAUGGGUUUGGUUAGUUGAAAGUUUAUAGUGAUUUGUGGUUUGGUUGAAAUUUGCCAUACAAAUUUGCUAUGCUUCUAUUUCUGAGCUGACAAUUAGACACCAAAAUUAGAAAAAAAAAAGUGUUGUUUUGUAUGAUCAGCUGGAAUUGUGGGUGAUUUUGUAACAAAUUUGGAAGUUCUGUGUUCUGUUUAUGGUUCCAAGAUUUGAGAUUUUGGUAUCUGUUGGAAUUUGUACUUGUUUAUAUUCAUUAUAAUUGUGAUCAGUAAUGUCUGAAGUAAGAUUAGGUAAAGGAGAAGCUAAACUUAGAAAUGUUCCAAUUGCUGUGACUCCUGAGGGUUUCUGGUGCUGUCCUUCACCUGUUGUGUUCCAAAAAAACCUUAAAACACAAACUCCUUUAAACAAAUCCAAACACCCACCUUCACCACCUCCACCACCAACUGCUGCUUCUGUUAAUAAGAAACAAAGUCAUACAAAUGAGAAGAAACCGUCGCAAAACCCGCCUAAAAUGACACCUUCUGAUGAUCAGAAGAGUGCUAAUAAUGGAACUCCUGCCUCUAAUGUGCCUGUAGGAGGGGAGAGGACUCCUAGAAAUAAAGCUGAGAAUUUGCCAAAAAAAGUUUCAAUUGAGUUUGGUGAGUCUGGAACUAGUGAUAUGAAGGUGUUGUUGUUUGGGAAGCACGGAUUCUCGGUCAAAUUGAAUGUUCAUAAGAGUGUUCUUGUGGACAAUAGCACUUUCUUUGCGGAGAAAUUGGAUGAACAAGAGCCUGAUGUGUCAUCCCUUCAGAUUUUUGAUUGUGAAGAUGUUGAAAUUUAUGUUGAAACUAUUGGUUUGAUGUAUUCAAAAGACAUGAAGCAGAGGCUUCUGAAGCAAAGCGUUCAACGAGUGCUUCGAAUUCUCAAGGUGGCAGAAGUAGUUGGUUAUGGCUCAUGUAUUCAGGCUUGUUUAAAUUACCUGGAAGCUGCCCCUUGGGUUGGGGAAGAGGAGGAGGAGAAAGUGGUAUCUUCGAUUCUUAAACUUCAGAGCGAGGGGGUUGGUGUAAAUCCAGUCCUGAAACGAGUCUCUUCAAACGUCUCCAGACCUCCUAAAGACACAUUAUCUCACAUAGUGGAACUUGUUCUUAAGAGUAACGAAGAGAGAGGUCGUCGUGAAAUGAAAUCAAUUGUUCUGAAACUUCUUAGGGAGAAUAACAGCAGCUCAGAUUCUGAUAGCUCGCCUGAUAUCUGUUACGAAACAAUUUAUGCUUCAUGUAGAAGCUGCUUAGAUUCAUUAUUAUCCCAUUUCAAGCGGGCCACAGGGCCUGAAUUUAGUGACAAGCCCAUGGACUGCCAGGACCCAAUUGCCAAGCAGAUUGCGCUAGAAGCAGACAACCUUGCCUGGUUGCUGGAGAUUUUGGCUGAAAGGCAGGUAGCAGACGAGUUUGCCCUCAUGUGGAUCCGUCAACAGGAGUUAGCGAGCUUACAUCAAAAGCUGCCUGCUAUGACUCGCUACCAUGUUAGCUGCAUAACAGCAAGGUUGUUCGUUGGGAUAGGUAAGGGGGAGCUACUUCCAUCAAAGGACAUCCGUCAGAUGCUGUUGCAGACAUGGUUGGAGCCAUUAACUAGUGAUUACAGCUGGCUGAAUCACGGAUGCAGAUCAUUUGAUCGGAAGGUUGUGGAGGAAGGGAUUGGAAGGACGAUCUUGACUUUACCCCUAGAGGAUCAGCGGAGUAUUCUGCUCUCUUGGUUGGGCAAUUUUCUUAAAGCUGGUGAUAACUGCCCGAAUCUUCAAAGAGCGUUUGAGGUCUGGUGGCGUAGGACCUUCAUUAGGCCAUAUGCUGAACCGCGAGUAAAUCAAGGUCAGUCAUAUAACUCACUGACAUCUUAGGACAUAGAUUAGAAUAAUUACCUUAAUUCAUACAGGUUCCUUUUAACAAGGCUGAUUGUGUUUAUGGUUUGAUGAGUGGUUUUCUUAACUUAAAAAGUGGAGUGAUGUGAUUUGAAGUGGUGUAGUUCUUGUGCUCGAUCAACCAGUGGGUUGGCCGAUGGAUGCUAAUCGGAACUUUGAGACUUCUGAAUCGAAGCUACUGUUAAUAGUCUGAUCAAGCUGUGGUGAUUUUCAAGAUAAGGGAAUUGAUGAAUAAAAUGUAUCCCGACUUUUGAGUGAUUCUGAUAGAUAUUAGGCCUACCUAGAUACUAAAUAUCUGUAAGUUUUUAUAAGCUUGUAUUUCUUGAUUGAGCGUUUGGUUCUUCGAGUAUUCCUAAGACCAAGACUUGAAGUCCUGGAAGAUCAGAAAUCAGUGUUGUAUAGAGGGAAAUGCUGUAAAAAUUAAGCAAAAUUAAGCAAUAGUAAUGUAUCAAUUUCUGUUUUUUUUU